AUGGAAAAGUUGCUCACAAUAUCCAACAAACACCAUAGUGGAAUUGAAUUGCUUUCAGUAGAACUAUGGCGAGAAAUAUUUGAUUAUUUCAAUGUAAAUGAUUUGUGGUAUUCAUUUCGUGGUUUGAAUAAACAUAUCGAUGGAAUUAUUGAUCAAGUACAAUUACAUUUAAAUUUAGAAAGAAAAGGGAAAUAUGAUUAUUAUAUAAAAAAUAUUUUACCAUUCAUCGACGUUGUCAAUAUUCGAUCAUUAAAAUUACGAAAACAUAAUAGAAUCAAACAUUUUUUUUCUAUAUCCUCUCUUCAAUCAUUAGUUCAACUUCGAUUAUUAUCAUUAGAAUAUAUAUAUUCGUUCGAUGAUAAUUUAUUUACAUUUUGGAAUCAACUUUCAUCUUUAAAAUAUCUACGAUCAUUGAGAGUUAUAUUUGGAAGUAAAUUUCGUUCUAAUAAUGACCUCGAAGAAAAGCAAUUCAUAAUUCGUUCGAUAUUUACUCAAGAUUUCUGUCCUUUACUCAAUUGUAUUAUCAUUAAAAAUUAUGGAAACGAUAGUGUGAAUACUGAACUUCCCAUUCCUUCAUUAAUACAAACAACUAAAACGACCAAUAUCAAAUAUUUAACCAUUGACCGUUUAACUUUUGUUGAUUUGAUUGAAUUACUUCCUGCAUUACAAAAGACAAAAUCAUUUUGUAUAGAUGACGAAUUUUUUUGCAAUGAUCAGCUUUUUACGCAGCGAAUAGUUCCAAUUACAAUGUCAUUGAUGCCCGAGUGCAGCAAGUUGGAUUUGAGUGUACCAGCUGAUAUGACUUUCGAACACAUCGAAUAUAUAUUAAAACAUACUCCAAAUUUGAAAAAAUUGAUCAUAACUAAUGACUGGCAUUUACUUGAUGCAAAAAAAUGGGAAUCAAUACUCGCAGUACGAUGUUUACGAUUGUUAGAAUUCGAAUUAACAUGUAAUGGUGCUGAUAACGAUACAGAUUAUGAGGAAGCCGGAUAUGAUUUUGAGGCAGAAUGUAAAAUGACAACGUUUUGGACGGAACGAAAUUCUGUAGUUAUGCAUGAAAGUUAUGGGGAGGAUGAUUUUUAUUUUACCAUAGUUAAAUUUCAUAUUGGAAAAGUAAGUUACUUGCAAUUCUUAUCCCGUUUAAUACUACAAAAAAGUGGACAAGCAUAUAUAUUCUCUUCAUUUUAG